AUGGCGUGCUUGUCUCUCUAUACGACGCAAAUUCUUCCGCAAAUUGGGAUCGAUUCUCACUUUACCUUGGUUUCUAUGUCCGAGCCGGUCCAUUCAGAAGGGUGCCACCUUCGCUUUGCAACAGUCGAGGUAAUUCCACGGGACAUCGUUCUCAGGCUCGAAGCACUCCAUGACGGUGUGGCGGAGGCUGAAUCGGUAAUCUCGACAUCUAGACCCGUCCACCGAUACCUAGGGCGAGAAGACUCCUACAAAUCAGCCAUUGUACCCUUGAAGUUGGAGCUUUUCUUAACGGUGUCUGUGCCCGGAGGGAUUUUGGGGCCUGACACGCAAUGGCUUGAGCAAGAAAGCACCAACGAUUACCAUACAAGUCCCUAUAUAGAAUCCCAGAAGCGUAUCCUCGGUAUUUCUGCGGUUUAUGUCACAAAGGCACGGUUAGGAUCUAUUCCUGUCCCAUGCGUCUUUUCGCUGUACACCGGCCAGACAGCAAUCAACGAACGUCGCAUCUCAAACUUGCGAGAAGAAAAACAUCUCACAAAGGCAGUCUGCGCCACUAAGCCAUGUGGCGUGUGCACUCCAUCAACAAAUGAUCUGGCAAACGGACUCCCGACGUACAAACACACGUACUAUGAACUCCGUAUGUGCCUAGCAGACGGGAGUGCUCCGCCUUGCGUCGCAUUGGCUUUCACAAAAUAG